AUGGAAAAUAACUGCCUUUUGUUGGCCGAAGCCCGCGACGAAAAAUUAAAAGCGCCAACCACUCACUUAAUUACUCUUCUCGAUCAAGCCGCCUACCAAUUUCCAGAUCAUGAUGCCAUCAUUUCUGUUCAUCAGACCGAAAUCACGGGGACGUCGCAGUCCUUUCACUGGACCUUUGCUCAAUUGCAGCAAAUGAGCAUCGAACUGGCCGCCCGCCUCUCUUCCAGAGGCGUUGGUCGCGGAAGUCGCCUUGUUACCCUUAUUUUCAACCAGGCCCAAUGGGCACUUCUUUUCUGGGCUUCUUCCCGCCUGGGCUGUGAAUUUGUGCCACUGGAUCCUCGAGUGCUCGAUCGCGACGGAAGGGAUGUUUUAUUCCUCCUGGACCUGUUGAGACCGGCCGCAAUAUUCGUAACGACCGAGGCCAUGUCAAACCGGAUUGACCAAAUCACGAGCGAUCAAAAGUGCCGGCCUUCGGUCAAGUGUAUUGUUAGCGACCAUGAAGAGACUAACGUACUCGAUGGGUGGACGACGCUGUCCGAAAUCAUGUCGGGGCCCUCAGAUAACAUUCCUGCUUUGCAUGAGCCCGGGAAGCCAGAUGAUACAGUGCUCAUCUUGUUUACAAGUGGCACCACUGCACUUCCCAAAGGUUGUCCGCAUACGACCAUCUCUAUCGCUACCCAAGGACUGGGACUUAUGGACCAUUUGAACGUAUCAUCUGGCUCACAUCUUUGUCAGCAUUUGCCCAAUUUUCAUGUCUUCAGUGUUGCUUUCACUCUCGCGUUCUGGCUGGCUGGUGCUACUGUCGUGUUCCCAAGCUCUUCGUUCAACCCACAGAGCAGUUUGCAGAUGAUGAGAUCCUACCCAGAAGUUUCAGUUCCCUGUGUCCCGGCGAUGGUACAUGCUUUAUCGAACUGUGAACCGCCUCAGCACAGCUCUCGCCAUUCGUUUCAAAUUGUCCUAGGUGGGGCUCCUGUGACUUGGGAUGUUGUGAAACGCAGCAGGGAUUUGGGAGCGACAAAGGUUAUUCCCGGAUAUGGCAUGACUGAAGGUAUAAGCUUUGUCAAUACCUCCAUUGAUGCAACCUCCUUGAAUAUGAUGAAAGGUGAUGUCUCUGCUGGGAAGGUUAUCGCCGGUGGGAGAGUCCGAAUCUGUGCUUUGGGAAGCCGCGCCCCUCUACAAAAAGAAGAGAUUGGUGAGGUGCAUCUCGGUGGUCUUCCUGUAUUCGGCGGCUACCUUGGCGGCACUAGUGACGCAUGCUAUCGUGAAGAUGGAGUAAAUUGGGUAGUCACAGGGGAUCAAGGGUAUAUGGAUGGGCAGGGCUACCUUUACCUACUGGGCAGGUACAAAGAUCUCAUCAUCCGCGGCGGUGAGAACAUAUCACCACUCAGAAUAGAGCAGUGCUUAGGUCAGGUCGAUGGAAUAACGGACGCCUUUGUUGUCGGGGCUCCAGAUGUUACUGCUGGUGAAGUGCCUGUUGCUGUGAUUCGAAAGGGUCCUUCAACUCCAGUGUCGAUUAAAAAAGAUAUUCAAAUGAUGAUUUUGAAUGAACUAGGUGCAUCAUUUGCUCCAGCACAUGUUCUUGAUCUUCAGGAUGACCUUCAGAAGGACAACUAUCCAACUACAACCUCCGGCAAAAUCCAGAAAAAAGUGCUUCGAGAAUGGGUCAUUGAUUAUCUGAGUCAAGUUGCCACCGGGAGUCCAGUCUCGUUCGAUGAUCUUCCAUCAGAGUUGUUGAAAAUUUGGUCCGCCAUAACGGGCCUGGCGCCCCAAGACAUUGAUCCCAAUGUGUCUAUACGCACCUUCGCCGACAGUAUGAUGCAAAUCCAGUUUUGCCACAUGAUACGCCAAAAUCUGCAGCUGGUGAUCACACAGAGUGACUUGAUCAAGUUCAAUACUAUUCAGCAACAGGCCACCCUGCUUGACGAAAGAAAGCAACGUCAGGCCAAAGACUCUCUCUGUCGCGAUACAGCCCAUGACCUGCCGAAGCUGGUCGAUACUGAGAAGGCAAAACGGGCAGCCUCUGAGAAGUUGGAAGCACUUGGAUUUGGAUGGGAUAAUAUUGAGGAAGUCAUUCCAAUUCAUGACUGCCUGAAACGGUGCCGCCGUGGAGCUAGGCCGAAUUCAUGGAAUAUCCGCGUGUCAUGGAUUGCGACCUCGUCAAUUACCAUCACCGAGGUUCAGGCAGCCUUGUAUACAUGGGUCCAACGUCAUCCCCUGCUGCGGUCCACGCCUGUUACAUAUGAUGAGAAUCUAGAUCUUUACUUGGCCAUGCAUCCCAGUGAAGAUUGGAUGAGACUACAAGUCAUUAAUGGCGGGACAGUUGAAGACGUGAAUGAUGUCGCAACAUAUAAGCUGAAUGAUCCCGAGUAUGACUUCAUUGAUGACAAAGGGCCAAUGUUCAGGGCUACGAUCCUUGAUGUGAAAAAUCCAUCGGUUGUUGGAUUGGUUAUGCACCUGCACCAUCACAUAUUUGAUGCUCACACCUUAUUUCGAUGGUUCGAAGACUUCAGGGAUCUUCUAAACCGCAAAUACCAGCUUCUCAACUUCCACCCAUACCGUGAUUACAUCACAGAUUACCAUGGGAACCGAACUGGUCCUGCAUCCCAGAAAGCGGUCGACUUCCAUGUUAACAGGAUUCGGGGAGUAUCGUCUGCCACAGAUGCUUUAUGGCCACCGCAGAUUGCACCGCUCUGGCUCAAAGGUGAUAAUCAGGGCUGGGUUCACAGUGAUAACACCCCAGGCUGUGCCAAUGAGAGACCGCUUCUCGAUGGAAAGGAAAGCUGUGGAACUAAAGGCAUUAGUCGUGCCGUCCAUGUGCCCAAGAUCCUGGAAUUGCAACAUAACUUUGCAAUCACACCUCCGGUAAUUGCGAAAUGCGCUUGCGCACUACUGAAUGUACGCAUGACUGGAGCCAAGGAGGCCUUGUUUGGAGUUAUUGAAUCAGGUAGAAUCUGGCCGUCUGCGGAUGACAGUCACCCUGAUGACAAAGGCAUAGACAUACUGGAAGUUGACGGGCCUACCAUCACUCACUGUCUCAAUCGCACGACAAUUGUACCCGAUGAAACGGCAAUGCAGCUUCUGUCCAGAAUGAGCAAGGAUCAGGAUGAUAUUCUUUCUCAUGUAAACGCUCCUAUCGAUGAAAUAUGUCGAAAGCUGGAUGAACCCGAUAUGAAGACUUUUAUUGACAUCGUCCAUCGACAAAGCUUUAACUGGAUUAUUCCCGGAUACAAGGAACACGCUUCGGAUCCAAUUAAGCGCAUCGAAGUUAUCGCUCGGCCGGAUCUCUGUCUUUCCUGGCUACCAGGUCUUAUGGAAGGCAAUAUGUUAAGGUUGGCUGUGUCAUACGAUGAUGCACAGCUGAGGGCAAAGGACGUAUACAGCAUCAUGACGGAGUACUUGUGUGCCGUGGCCUGGCUUUCUGACCCUGCUAAUAUGGAUAAGCCUGUGUCUGAGUGCGAGUUCCAAGGCCAUGAUAUCGUGGAUCUUGAUCGCGAAUCACCAGCUCGAUAUCGCCAGUGA